ACAGUGGAGGAGAGAAAGAGAGAUGUGGAGAGAGAAGAGGAGAGGAAGAUGCAAGGAUCCGCUUCACUGCUGUAGUUUGAAAGUCUCACCAAGGGGACUUAGAAGAGCAUUGGUGGUAUAAAUACCCAGCAUAAACAGGAUUAAAAGAGCAACUACUGAGAGACAAGCAGAAAGAGAGAAUAAAGUGUAAGCAUUAGGAGCACUGUGUACUGCAGUGUGUCUUUACACGCUCGCUUUACAACAGCACUCAACUUGGGAGAGAAGAACUCUUUUCUCUGAACUCUUUUACUGGAACACCAUCCCAUCUCUCUCUCUCUUUCUCAAUCUCUCGUCAGAGAUGCUCGUGUACACAAAUGGAGAAUAUGUCUUGGUGCUGAAGUAUUGCUGAAGUUCAAACUGGGCCACUGGAUUCAUCUAUUUUGGUCCACUCAGUUGCUCCAGUCCCACUGGACACGCACCCACACACGGACAACAUCGCAAGAGUUCAGGAUCCAAGGAAGAGCACUGUCCAAGUACCACCAAGAGAGGUGAGAGGUGCCGGACACGACUCUGAGAGACUUCAUAAGGCUGGGAGAGUGUGGCGCAUUAAAAAUACAGGUCCCCACAAGAGCUUUCUGAUCUCAGCUAGUGCUAUAAAUCAAUAGCCGUAAUAAAAAAUAGACAUUUCUCCUUGGCUAUAAACGGAAUGGCUUUCUUGAGCACUUGCUGACCAGAAGCCACACUUCAGAGGAUACUAUUUUUGUGGACGUCUGAAGUCUAUUUCUCUAAAAAAAUGACUGGAUGACUAAAACGAUAUAUUUAUAUAUACAUAUGCAUUGCUGAUAAAGCUGAUAAGUCCUUAAACCAAAUGUCAAUGUUCUUUUUUUACGCUUACGCUGACACCUCCUUCAAAGCUUUUGGCACUUCAGAGAAUAUUCAGCUUUGGACUGUCUAAAUCGCAGCUAUUUUUAUUCCACUACAUAUUACAUAUUUAGAUAAAAGUCUCCUACUACAGAAUUCUGUUCAAAACAUUUCGUCUGAAUGAGUGAGAGCAGAAGGGAGGUUCACGCUUAAUAUCUUCACUAUUUUAUCACAACCUGUCUACAUUCUGUUGCUAAUCAUGGUUUUCCAUCAUCAGAAGUGACUUCUUCCAUCUUUUUUGGUGCAAAAUGAAGCACAUUAGCAUAUUUAUGGCAUGAGAUAUAUCCAAAUGUGAACAACGUGCUACAUAGAUCUUGCAUUCAGUCAUCAAGCAAAGGAACGAAUAGCUUCUGACAUGUGAAGAAAAUUGAACAUUCAAGAAUUUUGUGCAUUUAAACACAUGGACUAAAAUCACGGUGUCAGCUUGGGAGGAGAUGGAGGAACACAUUAGUUAAUGCUUGUAUCUGUGUGAACUCAACCAAAAAUUUAUUUAAAUUGUUGUUACUGCUAUCCUAUAAAUGAAAUAUACAUAAAAGUAAAAUUGUUGGCCAUAUCAGCCAGAAAGCAUUAGUUGAUGUCAGAUCCAGAUCUUGGAAAAUGGAGAAUCUGGAUGAGCUAGAACAUCCAUUGCUGGGUGACAGCAGCCCCCAAAACUCAAGUGGAACAGGCACCAGUGGCAAUGGACUGUUUAAAAGCAUGUUGAUGAGAAAUGAGGAGGACAAAAGACUGUCCCCUCUGGACUGGAGGAAUUAUUGCAGGUCUACAGACAUUCAGCAGCAGCAGCUACUGGAUCCAUGUUCAUUGUCUAGCACUCUAGAGACUUUUUAUCCUCCCACUACCAUUUGGGCUGCUGCUGACUCCCUGGGCAUCCACAGUAAGGAGUAUCUGGAAACCACUUUUGUGGACAUCGGCCCUGGUUCACCAUUGGAAAGGAAGUUACUGGCAGAAACAAGAGAUGUCCAUAGUGUCUCCUACAGCAUAGAAGAUAGGGAUGACCUUUUGCCAGACUUUGAGGACUCCUCCAGUGAUGACUUCAGUGAUACAGACAGUGAAAGCAACUUUCCCAUCAUGAUCCCUCAAGAUUACCUGGGCCUGGCUUUCUUCUCCAUGCUCUGUUGUUUCUGGCCUCUGGGCAUUGCUGCGUUCUAUCUUUCCCAAAAGACGAACAAAGCAUCAGCACAAGGAGAUUUCCAGGGUGCCAGUGCGGCUUCUCGGCAGACUCUGUGGCUCUCUGUUCUUUCAAUCGUGUUCGGCAUCAUCACAUACAUCUGCGCCAUCGCUGCCCUGAUCUCCUAUCUGUCCGGGAAACCACCUUAAAGACUGCUGUAUCAGUAUCUUCUCUCAAUUCUUCCAGAAAUGCAUUUCCCUGGUUCCCAAUUACACAAUCCACUGCUCCUUGCAUCCGCACAUUCAUCUACACCUGUAAUAAGUACAUUGAUUUGGCAGAGACGCCACCUUUGUAACAUUUUCUGCAAGUUCACAGCUGUCAUAUUAGAUAAAAAAAUGCAAAACACUACAUUUGGAAAGUAAAAAAUAUGACUCCCACUUCAGAAAGAGAGACCUGCGCUCUGUCUUAGCGCUUUUGUCUAAGUUGGCAGGGGAGGGAGUGGUUGAGCCCUAAGGGUUUGUUAGAAGGGAACUAGAAAAAGACUGCGAUAUCAGGAGAUCACAACGGACUUGGCUGUAAAACAGCAGGACGUGCCCUCCAAGACACAUGACUCAAGACAACUGGGUCAUUUCCUAUUUGAGCUCUAAAGCUGGUCAUUGAUUCACUCUCCAAAUGGAAAACACCACAGUAAAUGAUUUAGAACUCAGUUGGAAAUCUUCAAAUAGAAAACAUGUACAAGGUAAGGCAGAUUCUGCAAAUAUGUGGAUGCAUAAGUAUGCAGAGGCAAAAGUUCAAUGCGAUGAGGGAAACACACACACAUACUCAGCAGCUUUCACUGAGUCAUGCCUUUAUGAGAAGCUUCUCCUGCAGGACUCUAUAGCUUGAUAAAUGUAGACCCUCCAUUUUCCACCUACUGUACCAACAUUACUGUAUGGAAACACUUCAUAUGA